CGAACGACAUCUCGACUUGAAUGCCAGCGCACAAACACAUUCCGAUAUUUAGUUAUACCCUAGUCGACGGCUGAUACAGCACAUGGAAGGACACAUGGAGCGUCGGAAAUCUGCCCUUACACCUGAGAAUUACACCCGAGCCAUCAUCUCCCUCUCAAGGAGGUACUCGAGCACCUCUGUCUUCCCCGGAAGCAACUAUGUAGACAUCGCAGAGUGGAUGCUGCAAGAUCGCGGGGUGAAUCCGAAAGCCGAAGAACAUGCCACCUGCCUCGCUUCGACGGCCGAGCAGUCUCAUGAUCUAGUUGUAGUAUACGAUAGUAGCGAGAGCAGGUGGGGCGUGCAGUCGUAUAGCUGUGAGCAACACGAGACCUUGUCCGCUGCUACCCCGGGGCUGGCGCACGGCUUAGGGCAGAUGAUCUUCAUUCGGGGCUUCGUAUCGCCAUCCUGGGUGUCGGUCCUCGGGAGCAAAUACAAUAUCGACCCGGAGUUCUUCCGACGCCAUCUUGAUUUCCUGUCCGCGAGUAUUGACAGGCAUUCGUACAGUUUCCCGUCACUCUCGAGUUCCUCGGAGAACAUCUACCGACUGUGUGUGAGCACGAUCCUGCAUCGCGACGAUUUCGGCAGACAGGAUCUCCAGGCGCAGCGGGCUCAGGAGCUCAAGGAGCUCGGCACCUACAAGAUACAGCAGCUGGGAUCGGGUCGAGUGGGAUGCGGAGACUCCCUGGUGCGCGAGUACGCCACCAUCUGCCCGCGCUUCUCUGUGAUUGAGCAAUGGAUCUCGCUCUAUGUCACACGAACAGAUAGAGGUUGGGUCGCGAUAGCCUGGAUGGACCAAGGGAGACCGUUGGAGAAAUCCCAGGCAGGACCAUGGACAAGACACAUCGAAGCUAAAGCCACACCACUCCCAAUCCUGCAGCACCAUCCCAAAAUGGCAUUCCGCACGACCACCAACCGUCUCGACCCCGACCCGAACGCUUCAGCAGAGAUUCAGCAAAGCACGGCCAUCCUUCCCCUGCAGUACGAUUCCCUGAUCGCAAUGGUCAAUCUGGCGCGUCGGGCACCCCAGGAUCCGCUCGCCAUGUGCAUCCCUCUAUUCGCGCACGCGGCGUUCUCCGAAGUGCAGUUCUUGAACCUCCUGGAGUCCCGAAUCCAGGCCCAGAUCAACGCCAUUGCCGAAGGAGUGCCCGCCGACGACGCGCUGGGGGUGCUGCAUUUCUUCUCGAACAUGCUCCAGCGCCAUGCCGGACAGCUGAAAGAUAGUACCCGUGCGCUCCACAAGUUAGCCGAGCGAAGCACUCCAGAUUCCAGUGGAAUGAGAUCGUGGAGUCCGCUGCCCAAAAAUGCCGUGCCGUCGAGUCGUCUUGGCACCAGUACGCGCCGACCCAGCGCGGAAUCCGAGGGAGCCACGAUGGCCGGUGGCCAUGGUGCCAACGGUGCGUUUGCAGCAGCCGGGCUGUUUGAGGAUUAUGAGGAGCUGUAUGUACGCUGUGUCGACUUGUCGAAGAUGUGCACCCAAGGCAUCACUCUCGCAAUGAAUAGAGCCACGAUUGAGGAAUCGCACAAAGCCAUUGAGCAGUCAGAGCGACUGAAGAAGUUGACUCUGCUGGCGACGCUGUUCAUACCUCUCAGCUUCAGCUCCAGUCUUCUGGGGAUGAACAUCGAUCUGCUGGGGCAGAAUGCGGUGAGAUUCUGGUGGUUCUUUGUGUUAUGCGUGCCGAUCACGUUAUUUGCCUACAUUGUUUAUCUAUGGGACUUGCAGGCUUUGAACCAAAACAUGACCAAACUCCCAAAAUACGCAAAAAUCACCAAGCGCCCAAUUCCGCACCCAGCCCCCUCAACACCGUACACCGGCGCCAAUGUCCCCAAAACCAUCUACGUCUCGACGAGCACCCCGAAAAUGAGCGUCGUGACGCGUGUCCGCAAGCUGCUGCGGCAGGCCGAGAAGCGCGCCACCAGCGGCUUACACGCCAGCAAAGGGGGACGGCACAGCAGCAAAACGCACGCCGAGAAAGUGGCGCAGGUGCAGGAGGCGCUGCGGCGGGAGGAGGUGCAUGUCAAGGCGACGGGGCGGGCGAUGGCGAAGGCCGUGGCGGUGGGCGAGUAUCUGCGGGAUGCGGCGGGGGGCGCGGAGUUUCGGGUUACCGUGACGACGGGGAGUGUGCUGGUGGUGGAUGAUGUGGAGGUUGACGUGGACCAGAAACAGAGGGUGGUGGAGGGGGCGGAGAGGAUGCGGAGGGAGGUCGAGACGGGCGUGGAGGAGGGGAGUGGACGGGUUUUGUCGAAGGCGGCGGUUAAGAAGCGGCGGAGGGUUUUGAGGGGGUUGGGGUUGGUGGUUAAGAAGGAGGGGGAGGGGGAUGUUCCGGGGGAGAAGGAGGAGGGAGAUGGUGGGGAUAAGGAUGGGGGUGAGGAGGAGGAAGAGGAGUUGCCCGAGUCGCGGACGAGGUGGGUUAAUAUGGUGGAUGUGGUGGUGGGGUUGAAGUAGGAUUCCUUGGUGGCUUGGGAAUCAAGAAGAAGAAACUGGCGAGAUGAUGAGAUCAAUGCUGAAUGCAGCAUCGUCAGGUACGGUACAUACCUACAACUACCUUGGAUGCUUCGGCGGCUCUCCGGACGUAUCCUCACGCCGCAGAUACAGAGGUUACAUCGAGUCAAAGGCCCCGAACACUUUGAGUCGAUAUGUGGUGUCCAUUAACAGACAUGGCAUGUCAGGCUGCGCAAAGGAGACAGCAAGACAUGCUGAUUCCUUGAGAUCGCUCUAAAACGGAUAUCCAUCAGCAGACCAUGCAAGCCGCAAGCUAUACUACAGCUACACCUACAGCUACAACUGCAAAACUCCACGUAUGUUCAAUCCAUUCGCACCUCUAGGUCGAACCAGCGCAUUCUUCUGUAAAACGAAAUAUACACGAAGGACCGUGGGGAGAAAG